AUGUCUCAGUUAUUUUAUCAGGGCGACUCUGAUGAUGAGCUCCAGGAGGAACUUACGAGGCAGACAACUCAAGCAUCUCAAAGUUCUAAAAUUAAAAAUGAAGAUGAACCCGACGACUCCAAUCAUCUUAAUGAGGUGGAAAAUGAAGAUAGCAAAGUUUUAGAUGACGAUGCAGUGUUAUACCCUCUUAUACCUAAUGAGCCAGAUGACAUAGAAACGUCUAAGCCCAAUAUUAACGAUAUUAGGCCAGUUGAUAUUCAAUUGACUUUACCAUUGCCGUUUCAGCAAAAAGUGGUAGAGAAUUCAUUAAUUACUGAAGAUGCAUUAAUCAUAAUGGGGAAAGGACUAGGAUUGCUUGAUAUUGUGGCCAAUUUAUUGCAUGUUUUAGCUACACCAACAUCCAUUAACGGACAACUAAAGCGAGCGCUCGUCCUAGUGUUGAAUGCAAAACCUAUAGAUAAUGUAAGAAUCAAGGAGGCCUUAGAAGAGCUGUCGUGGUUCUCUAAUACUGGGAAGGACGACGACGAUACUGCUGUCGAGAGCGAUGAUGAACUUUUUGAAAGGCCUUUUAACGUAGUUACCGCGGACUCGCUGAGCAUUGAAAAGAGAAGAAAGCUAUAUAUUUCUGGCGGAAUCUUGAGCAUUACUUCUAGAAUUCUCAUUGUGGAUCUCUUAUCCGGCAUUGUUCACCCAAAUAGGGUUACGGGUAUGCUGGUAUUGAAUGCAGACUCACUUCGACAUAAUUCGAAUGAAUCGUUUAUAUUAGAGAUUUACAGGUCUAAAAAUACUUGGGGUUUUAUUAAAGCCUUUUCUGAAGCACCAGAGACGUUUGUCAUGGAAUUUUCACCCCUCAGGACGAAAAUGAAAGAAUUACGGCUAAAGAACGUUUUGCUAUGGCCGAGGUUCAGGGUAGAGGUCUCUUCCUGUUUGAAUGCCACUAAUAAGACGUCACACAAUAAAGUCAUUGAAGUCAAGGUCUCCUUAACAAAUUCCAUGUCUCAGAUACAGUUUGGCUUGAUGGAAUGUUUGAAAAAAUGUAUUGCUGAGUUAAGCAGAAAAAAUCCUGAACUAGCUCUGGACUGGUGGAAUAUGGAAAAUGUCCUGGAUAUAAACUUUAUCAGGUCAAUUGACUCGGUGAUGGUGCCGAACUGGCACCGAAUUUCUUAUGAAUCAAAACAACUGGUUAAGGAUAUAAGAUUCCUACGCCACCUUUUAAAGAUGCUCGUAACUUCAGACGCAGUUGACUUUUUUGGAGAGAUUCAAUUAAGUUUGGAUGCCAAUAAACCGUCAGUAUCCCGAAAAUACAGCGAAUCACCGUGGCUAUUGGUCGAUGAGGCACAAUUAGUCAUAUCGUAUGCGAAGAAAAGAAUAUUUUACAAAAAUGAAUAUACUUUAGAAGAAAAUCCAAAAUGGGAACAACUUAUUCAUAUAUUACAUGAUAUUUCACAUGAGAGAAUGACCAAUCACCUUCAGGGGCCUACUUUAGUUGCCUGUUCCGACAACCUUACAUGUUUAGAACUAGCAAAGGUCUUGAAUGCCUCAAACAAAAAAAGAGGAGUACGUCAAGUGCUUCUGAAUAAAUUGAAAUGGUACAGAAAACAGAGGGAGGAAACGAAAAAAUUGGUCAAAGAAGUGCAAAGUCAGGACACUUUUCCAGAGAAUGCAACAUUAAAUGUAAGCUCGACAUUUUCCAAAGAACAAGUGACCACGAAAAGAAGAAGGACAAGAGGUGCUUCACAAGUUGCGGCCGUUGAAAAGCUAAGGAAUGCAGGUACCAAUGUAGAUAUGGAGGUGGUUUUUGAGGAUCAUAAGUUAUCUGAAGAAAUUAAGAAGGGAAGCGGUGAUGAUUUGGAUGACGGUCAGGAAGAAAAUGCCGCAAACGAUUCAAAGAUUUUUGAAAUACAAGAACAGGAAAAUGAAAUCCUUAUCGAUGAUGGGGAUGCUGAAUUUGACAACGGAGAAUUAGAGUAUGUGGGCGACCUUCCGCAGCACAUCACAACCCAUUUCAAUAAGGAUUUAUGGGCAGAACAUUGCAACGAGUAUGAAUAUGUUGAUCGUCAGGACGAAAUUUUAAUCUCUACGUUUAAAAGUCUCAAUGACAAUUGCUCAUUGCAGGAGAUGAUGCCCUCUUACAUUAUAAUGUUUGAACCAGAUAUAUCGUUUAUCAGGCAGAUUGAAGUUUAUAAGGCCAUAGUGAAGGAUUUGCAACCAAAAGUAUACUUCAUGUACUACGGUGAAAGUAUUGAAGAGCAAAGUCAUUUGACUGCUAUCAAGAGAGAGAAAGAUGCUUUCACAAAGUUGAUUAGAGAGAAUGCAAAUCUGUCCCAUCACUUUGAAACGAAUGAAGAUCUUUCUCACUACAAAAAUUUAGCUGAAAGGAAGUUGAAGCUUUCAAAAUUACGAAAAUCUAAUACCAGAAAUGCGGGUGGGCAGCAGGGAUUCCAUAAUCUUACUCAGGAUGUCGUCAUUGUGGAUACACGUGAGUUUAAUGCCUCAUUACCAGGCUUACUCUACCGAUAUGGCAUAAGGGUUAUUCCUUGUAUGUUGACAGUCGGCGAUUAUGUGAUAACUCCUGAUAUUUGUCUCGAAAGAAAAUCGAUUUCUGACUUAAUUGGGUCAUUACAGAAUAACAGAUUAGCCAACCAAUGUAAAAAAAUGUUAAAAUACUAUGCAUAUCCGACACUAUUGAUUGAGUUUGAUGAAGGACAGUCGUUUUCUUUAGAACCUUUUAGUGAACGUAGAAAUUAUAAGAAUAAAGACAUAUCAACUGUUCAUCCUAUAUCAAGCAAGUUAUCCCAGGAUGAAAUUCAGCUAAAACUAGCCAAAUUAGUAUUGCGGUUUCCCACUUUAAAGAUUAUAUGGUCUUCCUCACCCCUGCAAACUGUAAAUAUAAUCCUAGAGUUGAAAUUAGGACGUGAGCAACCUGACCCUAGUAAUGCAGUUAUAUUGGGAACGAAUAAAGUUAGAUCGGAUUUUAAUAGCACUGCAAAGGGCCUGAAGGAUGGUGAUAACGAGUCUAAAUUCAAGAGACUGUUGAAUGUUCCUGGAGUGUCAAAAAUUGAUUAUUUCAAUCUCCGCAAAAAGAUCAAGAGCUUCAAUAAGCUUCAAAAGCUUUCAUGGAAUGAGAUUAAUGAACUUAUUAAUGACGAAGAUUUGACGGAUAGAAUAUACUACUUCUUGAGAACAGAAAAAGAAGAACAAGAACAAGAGUCAACAGAUGAAAAUCUUGAAUCUCCUGGUAAGACCACUGAUGAUAACGCUUUACAUGAUCAUCAUAAUGAUGUUCCUGAAGCACCUGUGUAA